AUGUCCGCUUUUGCCAAAAAGUUCUUCAACGUUGCAUCGCUCCCUUUCAGUUUUGCGUUGCCGUUUUUUAGAAUGGUGUCUAACGGAAGCUCACCUUCCCAUCUUGACGAUGCUACCGCAGCUCUGAUACUGCCAGGCGAAGUGAAAAUAUUUGCCCCAACCAAUGCUGUCUUUACCCAUCCAGCUAUGAUAGCUCUUGAAGCAGGCCGUACCUGGGCCCGGCAAGUGAUAAAGACUCGUGUGUGCGUGCAAGAGACAAUACCUGUGAAAAGGUUGUGCAAUCUGAAAGUGGUGGACCUGAAGAGGGUUCUGGAAGAGGCUGAGCUCGAGAUGACGGGAUUGAAGGCGACGUUGGAAAGAUCCAGAGAAUUUGAGGUUUCAGGAUCCGUCGACACUGAGUUGAUCCUAUCAGCCUUGAAGACUGGACGACGCUCUCCAGGAAGAGAACCAGGUCAUGUCGAAGGAGAUGAAGGAGGAGGACCAGGACCUUUUCUAGACGGUGGCCGACAGCACCAGUGUGCUGAAGGGGGUGAACCAGGUCCUGUCGCUUAUGCUGAUCGAGGAAAACCAGGCCCUCUCGCAGAUGCUGAAGGAGGAGAAAAACCGGGCGACACCAGUUGCGCCCUCCAGAAUGGAAACCAGGCCUUCUCGGAGAAGAUGGACCACGUCAAACGGGACGAAUUCACCAUUGGGUUAUCUGAGACGACGAGGAAGUCGAACAGAUGUUUGCUGAACGAGACGCGUACCUCCAACAAACGUUUUCUGAGCGAGGCGCGCAACUGCGAAGACUUGAGGAGCAGGAAAAGCAAACUAUCUGCUUGGAUCACCGGGUAUGCCAUGGUUAUAAGUCAACCAAAGUGA